AUGGUUGCCAUACCCACUCUCUCUCUCCUAUUGGUCCUGGCAGAGUGGGCGGGUCUGGUGGACUUGUCCCCCCACCUCCUGCUUCGGCCCAGUCCACGGGAGCGUGACGCAGGGGCCAUGAUGAACUUUAACAUCGCCGUGAUCCACGCCGGCGCCACGGUGCAGGCGGAGGCGGCGGUGGCGGGGCCCGGCGGAAGGGUGCUCUACCCUGGUUUUGGCCGGGUGCACAGCUCCCUUGGGGAGAGCGUGGUCACCCAGUGGGGCUCUGCUAACGUCAUCUGGCUACAGGUAAAUGACAGCAGUCCUAAGACGGUGCUGUCCCAGCUUUGUGAGCUUCUGGCAGCGCGGCCCCUACAAGGUCUGGUCUAUGAGGAGGAGAGACCCCCGCCAACGGCCUGGGGUCCCCUGGCCCCCAUGCUGGAGUUUGUGUCUGCCCAAACAGGACUGCCUAUAGUGGCUGUAGGAGGGGGGGCGGGGCUGGGCAGAAUGCCACAGGAAUCAGGCUCCAUCUUUCUCCAGUUCAGCUCCUCCACCGCCCUCCAGCUAGAGGUAAUCUUCGAGGUGCUGGAGGAGUACGACUGGACGUCCUUCUCUGUGGUGUCGACGCGUCACCAUGGCUACCAGGAGUUCCUUUCAGUGGUGGAGGGCCUGACGGACGGCUCCUUCAUCGGCUGGGAGAAGAAGAGCGUGGUGAUCCUGAACGUGACCGACGACCCAGGCGGGGCACGCACGCGCAGGCUGCUGAAGGAGAACGAGGCGCAGGUGCGUCUCCUGUACUGCUCCCAGGAGGAGGCCGAGUUGGUGUUUCGAGCUGCCUGGUCAGCGGGUCAGGCCGGUGCCUCCCACAUGUGGUUUGCGGUCGGGCCGGCUCUCUCGGGCCUGGGCAUGGAGGGUCUGCCCCGGGCUCUGUUCGCCGUGCGGCCCCAGGGCUGGAGGGACGAGCCCCGGCGGAGGAUCGCCCGUGGUGUGUCUGUGCUGACUCAUGGGGCGGUGGCUCUGCGCAAGGACUACGGCGGCACGGGAGGGCCAAAUUUUGUCACCAACUGCAUGACUGAUGCCAAUCAGACCCAGAGGCUGCGUGGCAGGAUGAGGUAUUUCAGCAACAUCACCCUGGGAGGCCGGGACUACUCCUUCAACAGCGACGGAUACCUGGCCAACCCCUUCCUGGAUGUCAUUUCCUGGACACCCGGACGUGGAUGGGAAGAUGUAGGCUGGUGGGAGAAUGGCGUCCUGAGGUUGCGGUACCCGGCCUGGUCCCGCUAUGGGCCCUUCCUCAAGCCGCCUGACGACGCCCAGCACCUGCGCGUGGUCACUCUGGAGGAACGGCCCUUCGUCAUCGUGGAGCUGGCCGACGCCGCCUCCGGGACCUGCAUCCGGGACUCGGUGCCCUGCAGACGACCUCUCAACGCCAGUUCCAUCCAGGAGGGCGUCGCCCCGAUGAAGCAGUGCUGUAAGGGCUUCUGUAUUGACAUCCUCAAAAGACUGGCCAAGAUCGUUGGCUUCACCUACGACCUUUACCUAGUGACCAAUGGAAAGCAUGGGAAGAAAAUUGAUGGAGUGUGGAAUGGCAUGAUCGGAGAGGUGGUGUACAAGAGAGCAGACAUGGCUAUUGGCUCGUUAACCAUAAACGAGGAGAGGUCAGAGGUCGUCGACUUCUCCGUCCCCUUUGUGGAGACGGGGAUCAGCGUCAUGGUGUCCCGCAGCAAUGGAACCGUGUCGCCGUCCGCUUUCUUAGAGCCCUACAGUCCAGCCGUGUGGGUCAUGAUGUUCGUCAUGUGCCUGACCGUAGUCGCCGUGACCGUUUUUAUCUUCGAGUUCUUCAGCCCCGUCGGCUACAACCGCAGUCUGCAGAGUGGCAAGAAGGCCGGAGGGUCUACUUUCACCAUAGGGAAGUCAGUGUGGCUGUUGUGGGCUAUCGUCUUCAACAACUCCGUGCCAGUGGAGAACCCCAGAGGAACCACCAGUAAGAUCAUGGUGCUGAUCUGGGCCUUCUUCGCCGUCAUCUUCCUGGCCUCCUACACGGCUAACCUGGCCGCCUUCAUGAUCCAGGAGGAGUACAUCGACACGGUGUCGGGGCUCUCCGAUAAGAAGGUACCCCCGCUGUUUUCGCUCAAACGCCGCUGA